AUGUUUCUCAUCUGCUUUCUAACUGUUGCAGUACUGGUUUGUUCUGAUGCUGCCAUCAAUGACAAGGAAGCCUAUGAAGGUGAAAGUUAUGAUGGCUGGUAUAACAACAAAGCUCAUCCUGAUUGGGGUGGUGCAGGUGUAUCAGUUACUAUAGACACGCUAAGAGUAAUAUUUGAUCAAUCUGUUGAUUAUGCAGACUUACUAAGUGGAGGAAAUAUGACUCUGACCAGACGUCUUGAUCAUGCAUAUGAAGAUGGUGUCUACCAUCCUUCAGGUUAUGAAAGACCAAAUCCUCUCACCAUCAGUCAAUAUGUAAUGAAAGGGAAAACAGGCAAACCUUCUUACAUGAAUCGUACCGUGCUCAUGACAUUCUUUGGUCAGCAAGUUGUAGAAGAAAUCCUUGAUGCACAGCGGCCUGGCUGUCCGCCAGAAUAUUUUAACAUUGACAUACCAGCUGGUAAUGAGCUGUAUGAUUCCACCGGUGAAGGAAACAAAGUCUUGCCUUUCCUGCGUACACGCUACAACAUGUACACUGGUUAUAACCCAAAUGUGCCUCGAGAGCAGCUGAAUGAAAUCACACCUUGGAUUGAUGGUGGUCUUAUGUAUGGAGUAGCCAAGGCUUGGGCAGAUGCUUUACGGUCAUUCAAGAAUGGCACACUGGCUUGUGAUAAAAAAGAUGGAGUUGAAGAUUGUCGGUUUCCUAUUCGUAAUGAUCUUGGUCUACCCAUGGCUAAUCCUCCACCACCUAGAGAUCAUGUAUUGAAAAGUUCACGAAGAUUUUUUAGACUGGGAAAUCCACGAGGGAAUGAGAAUCCAUUUCUUUUGACUAUGGGCAUACUAUGGUUUCGUGUUCAUAAUCGUUAUGCUCACUGGAUUCAAUCUCAACAUCCUAACUGGGAUGAUGAACUUGUAUUCAAUCGGGCAAGGCAGUGGACAAUUGCUUUACAUCAGAAAAUUGUUCUUGAAGACUGGCUGCCAAUAUUCUUAGGUGUCCAACCUUCCUCUUAUAAGGGAUACAAGCCAUCAAUCCACCCUGGAGUAACGCACGUGUUUCAGUCAGCUGCUAUGAGAUUUGGUCACACCAUAGUGCCACCAGGAGUGAUCCGACGGCACAAAAACUGCAGUAUCAUGUACACAACUGAAGCCACUGGAGCAGCUGGAUAUGUUGCUGUUCGUACAUGCAAUUCAUACUGGAAUCCACAAGACGCAGUCGAGGAAACCGAUGUUGAUCCACUGCUAAUGGGAAUGGCUACCCAAAUAACCGAAAGAGAAGAUAACGUAAUUACAGAAGAUUUGAGAGGAGGGGUAUUUGGCCCACUUGAGUUCUCACGACGUGAUUUAAUGGCACUUAACAUUCAACGAGGACGGGAUCAUGGACUGCCUGAUUAUAACAGAGCUCGAGAAGAGUAUGGAUUGGAUCGCAUGACUAGUUUCCAAGACAUCAAUCCAGAGGCUUUUGAUACGAGUAAUCCACACUACCCUGAGUUGGAACAUAUGAGACUUGCUAUUUCAAAUCUCAGCUGGUUGUACAAUGGAAGUUUUGACAAUUUAGAUAUUUGGCCAGCGGGUCUCCUGGAGACAACAAUGUCAGGGCCAGGUCCUUUGUUUAGAGCCAUUAUACUUGAUCAGUUUGAAAGGAUUCGAGAUGCCGAUCGGUUUUGGUAUGAAAACAAAGCCAACGGACUAUUUACAGAUGAAGAAGUUGAUUUAAUCAAAGGAACAACUUUGUAUGACCUUAUCAUCAAUGUGACUGACAUCGGACCAGAUGAUAUUCAGUCUAAUGUAUUUCUAAACUUGGCGUCUGACUCUACGAGUCCAUGCCAUUUUUCUUUUCAGCUAAGCGAGGACAUGUUGGAUGAUUGCACUGAAAUGAAGACAUUUGACUACUUUACUGGUAGUGAGACACCAUAUAUCGUGACAUUUUCUUCUCUAGGAUUGUGGAUUGUGCUUUUGCUUGCCGUUCUUGCUGUCGUCGUUAGCAGAAGAAAGAGAGCAAUGAGAAACACAAUUGUACGACAACGUCUUCGUUCUGAGAAACCAGAAAAACUGAGUGGAAAUUGGAAAACAAUAGCACAUUGUUGGGAACUAAUGACUGACGAAGGCACCAGGCAGAUAACUCUUUGUGUUAUAUCUGAGGAGGGAUGUGAACUGAUUGUAACCAAUGGUGAUGGAGCAACACUGAGAAGAAUUGACUUAUUUACACAUGGACACAUCAUUAUAUGGCAACCGUGUAACGACUCUACUCUUUUAUUAACUCGUGUGAAAAACGGACAUGACUUGAUCUUGCGCUUUUAUUCAUCCCCUGGUCGUGAUCAAUUUAUUUGUGAGCUGUUAGAGACCUUGACACCAAGAAAUAUUAUUGUUGAAGUGAUAAAUCAGCACGACAGUCAUUACAUCUUGUCCAAUGCUAUAACAAAACAGAAGAGACAGCAGCUAGUUGAAGAGUUUAUGCGUGAAGUGUUUGCACGUGCUUCACAAAACUCUCAGGCUUGGCAAGUUGAAGGCAAAGGCAGAAAAAAGGUCACAGAACUGGUUCUCGACUUUGAGUUAUCAAAAGAGGAUUUUUCAGGCACUAUGGGAAUGACAACAAACUCAUUGUUCGUGGAACAAAUGUUUAGUCUAGCUGACGCAGAUAACAAUGGAUUUGUUACUUUUCGCGAGCUGCUGGACCUCUUGGUGAUGUUCAACAAAGGCAGUGUAGAUGAUAAGAUGAUGCUUUUGUUUAAUCUCUAUGACAUAGACAAUUCAGGGAGUCUAGAGAGAGAAGAGUUUUUCAGAGUUACCAGAUCCUUGUUGGAAAUUGUGAACACUAGCGUAAGACCUGACGAAUUGGAUGAAAUGGCAGAAAGUAUGUUUCAGUCACGCAACUUUGACUCCAAAGAUUACUUGACAUUUGAUGACUUCAAAGUUCUUAUGCAAAACCAAGGAGCUUAUAGUGCAGUCACUCCUACUCUCAGCCAUGAUAGAUCUUCUUCGUCAAACUCAAUGCUAUCCCCAAUGAUUGUAACUGGUGAUCACUUGCAGUCGCCAGGACUUUCACUCAGCAAGUGCAGAUCUCGUGUGCAUACAAGAAGUCUUCGUGAUAGAAGAGUUGCACUGGAGUCUGCGUAUGAAGUGCAUAGACUUCGGUCACCUCGAAAUUCAGCCAUUGAUUUGGAUUCGGAUGAAGGGGAGAAAGCUGGAACUGCUGCCAGUGGAUGGGAGCGAUACGUUCGCUCUAUAGACAACUACAAACUGCAGAUUUUCUGGGUGGCAUUGUUUCAUCUUGUUGUGCUUUUGAUAUUUGCAGAGAGAGCUUACUAUUUUUCUGUUGAACGAGAACAUGCUGGACUUCGUCGAAUAGCCGGUUAUGGAGUGAGUAUUACUCGUGGUGCUGCAUCAACCAUGGCGUUCACCUACUCUGUCAUUCUUCUACCGAUGUGCCGGAACAUGAUUACUUACUUGCGUGAAACUCCUCUUAACCGCUUUGUUCCGUUCGAUUCUCUGCAUGGAUUUCACCAGCACAUUGCCAUUGCUGCUUUGUUGUAUACUCUGUUGCAUAUCAUCGGUCAUGCACUCAACUUCUAUCAUAUUUCCACUCAGACAGCGGAUGAUCUCACAUGUCUGUUUAGAGAUUAUUACCAUUUUUCAGAUGAACUGCCAAAGUUUCAGUACUGGACUUUUAACACCAUUACAGGUGUCACUGCAAUUCUUCUUGUCAUUGUGGGAGCUGUUAUCUACAUCUUUGCUAUUCCAGUAGCUCGCCGCUACAUUUACAAUGUCUUUUGGACAAGCCAUCGUCUCUACAUACUAUUUUACGUUCUUCUUAUUCUCCACGGUGCUGGCCGCUUGGUUCAAGCUCCUCUCUUCCACUUCUUCUUUUUGGGACCGGCAUGUUUGUACGUUGCUGACAAACUGAUCAGUUCUUCUCGCAGUUACAUCGAAAUAUCUGUCAUCAAGGCCGAGCUGUUACCAUCAGACGUCCUGAGCAUUGUCUUCAAGAGACCGUCCAACUUUGACUACAAAUCAGGCCAAUGGGUUCGAAUAGCUUGUUUGGGGUUGUCAAAAAACGAGUACCAUCCUUUCACCCUUACAUCUGCUCCUCAUGAAGAGCACCUAAGUGUACACGUUCGUGCUGUUGGUCCUUGGACAAAUAACUUGAAAAGUGUGUACUCCAAUGUUCCAUAUCCACGCCUUUUUAUAGAUGGACCAUUUGGUGAAGGCCACCAAGACUGGCAUCGUUAUGAAGUGUCAAUACUGGUUGGUGGGGGAAUUGGCGUCACACCAUUUGCAUCAAUCCUGAAGAGUGUUGUCAACUUGAAUAGGAACGGUUUUGGGAAGCUGUCCUUGAAGAAGAUGUAUUUCUUAUGGGUUACACGCACACAGAAACAGUUUGAAUGGUUUACGGAGAUAAUCCGUGAGGUUGAAGAAGCAGAUUCAAGAAACAUGGUGGAAAUUCACAUAUUCAUUACUCAAGCGUAUCACAAGUUUGAUCUACGGACCACAAUGCUGUAUAUAUGUGAACGCCACUUUGAGCGUAUCUCUGGUCGCUCUCUUUUCACUGGUCUUCAAUCAAUUACUCACUUUGGACGACCCCCGUUUGACAUUUUCUUGGCCAAAGUAAAGGGUCGUCACGGUGAUGUCCAGCGUAUUGGAGUGUUUUCUUGUGGUCCUCCUCCAAUGACCAAGUCUGUAGAGGCUGCUUGCUCCAAGGAGAAUGAAUACGAAGGUCCUAUCCUAUUGCAUCACUAUGAGAAUUUCUAGCAAGCUUGCAGUUGUGACUGCUUGGCAUGUACCAUGUUGUGUUGUGUAACUGUAAUAGGCAGUAUAGUCAACAGCUGAGGUAGCAUAGCACAGUGACGAUAUAUAGUAGUACAAUAGCAGUUAGCAGUGUAUCUUGUCAGUGCCAAGAGAUAACAAUAACAAGUGUAUAUC